UAUAAAAGGUGUUUUGUACAUUCCCAUUGAGGAUUAGAACUGAGAGAUUGGAGAGGGAGUGGUUGUCUUGUGAGAAGGUAGGUGCUUAGGAUGAAGCUGGAAAUUUCAAGCUGAACCUUCCCUGCAAAAACACAUAUUGAAAGUAAAAUUUGGAAGAGGAAACAGAGAUUUUGAGAUGGGGAGAAAAAAGUUCAGUCACCUUGAAAUCUCGCUGAUAGUCCUGUUCUGUUUGGUAGUGAUUAUAGCCUGCGUUCUGAUUGGACUUCUAGCAACAAGGCAGUCUGGAGUCAAAGAAGGUCAAGAAGACUUUUCUCCAGAAUGCCCAGUGACAGACAUAGGAGAAAGAAUCAACUGCAUUGGAGACAAUCAAGCAGCAACAAAGAACCUAUGUGUGCUGCGUGGCUGUUGCUGGAGUCCAGAGAAUGACUCAAACAUACCCUGGUGUUUCUUCUCCAGAAAUCAUGGAUACCAAGUUGUGGGAGGUCAAAAACCUAUAAAUACAGGUUUUGAAGCUACUUUAACAAGGCUAUCUUCACCUUCCCUGUUUGGAAAUGAUAUCAAUAAAGUCCUCCUCACUGGAGAGUAUCAGACAGCAAAUCGCUUCCAUUUCAAGAUUACAGAUCCUAAUAAUAAAAGAUUUGAAGUCCCACAUGAGAACGUGAAACCUUUUGCUGGACCUGCAGUAUCUGUUUUAAAGUACAAAGUCAGUAUUGCUGAGAAUCCUUUUGGCAUCAUAGUGACCAGAGUAAGCAACAGCAAAACCCUGUUUAAUACAAGCAUAGGACCUCUUGUGUAUGCUGACCAGUAUUUGCAGCUCUCCAUAAAGCUACCCAGCAGCAACAUUUAUGGGGUAGGAGAACAUGUGCACAAGCAAUACCGACAUGACGUAAACUGGAAAACGUGGCCCAUCUUUACCAGGGAUGCUGCACCCAUUGGAGACAUGAAUAACUUGUAUGGAGCUCAAACAUUUUUUUUGUGUUUGGAAGAUAAUACCGGAGCCUCUUUUGGUGUCUUUCUAAUGAAUAGUAAUGCCAUGGAUUUUACUCUUCAGCCUGCCCCAGCAGUAACUUAUAGAACAACUGGUGGAGUUCUAGAUUUUUAUGUCUUCUUAGGAGACACUCCAGAAGAAGUGGUUCAGGAGUAUCUGAAGCUAAUAGGACAGCCUUCAAUGCCUUCAUACUGGAGCCUUGGAUUCCAAAUUAGUCGCUGGAAUUAUGGAUCUCUUGAUGAAGUGAAAGCAGUAGUAGACAGGAACAGAGCAAUUGGGAUACCUUACGAUGUUCAAUACACAGAUAUUGACUAUAUGGAGAACAAGAAAGACUUUACUUAUGAUAAAGUGAAAUUUAAAGAUCUCCCCAACUUUGCUAUUGACCUACAUAACCAUGGACAAAAAUACAUCAUCAUACUGGACCCUGCCAUUAGCAUAAACCCGCUCAUUAAUGGUACCUAUGAUGCCUAUGAAAGAGGACAGAGCAAGGCAGUCUGGGUAAAUGAACCAGAUGGAGUGACAAAACUCAUCGGAGAGGUAUGGCCAGGACUGACUGUGUUCCCAGAUUUCACCAAUCCAGACUGUACCACUUGGUGGGCUGAAGAAUGCAAGAUUUUUCAUGAUCAAGUACAAUAUGAUGCAAUCUGGAUUGAUAUGAAUGAAGUAUCCAGCUUUAUUAGAGGUUCGACAAGAGGCUGUCAGCAAAACAACUUAAACUAUCCACCUUUCACUCCCAGGAUUCUGGAUGGACUCAUGUAUUCAAAGACAAUUUGCAUGGACGCAGUGCAAACUUGGGGCAAGCACUAUGAUGUUCACAGUCUAUACGGAUAUUCCAUGAUCCUGUCUACUGAAAAAGCCAUCCAAACUGUUUUCCCUGGAAAAAGAAGCCUCAUUCUUUCUAGGUCUACCUUUGCUGGGUCAGGAAAAUUCACAGGACAUUGGCUGGGAGAUAAUUUUGCAACUUGGAAUGACAUUAAAUGGGCAAUACCAGGCAUGCUGGAAUUUAAUCUCUUUGGAAUGCCUUAUAUUGGAGCAGAUAUUUGUGGGUUUAUCUAUGAUACCACAGAAGAACUUUGUAGACGGUGGAUGCAAGUGGGAGCAUUUUACCCCUUUUCCAGGAAUCACAAUGCUGAAUAUAAUAUACCUCAAGAUCCUGCUGCAUUUGGAGCAGAUUCUCUUCUGGUAAGGACGUCAAGGCACUACUUGAACAUUCGCUACACUUUGCUGCCGUACCUCUACACCCUCUUUUACAAAGCUCAUACGCAAGGAAGCACAGUUGUGAGGCCACUUCUUCACGAAUUCUAUUCAGAUGAAGCAACAUGGGCGAUUGAUAGGCAGUUCUUAUGGGGUCCUGGACUACUCAUCACUCCUGUACUGGACCCGGGUGUAGACAGAGUGACAGCAUACAUUCCUGAUGCAGUGUGGUAUGAUUAUGAGACAGGUGAAAGACCAUUGUGGAGAAAACAACAGGUUGAGAUGUAUCUCCCGGCAGACAGACUAGGACUUCAUCUGAGGGGAGGCUACAUCUUUCCUACUCAGCAACCAGCUAAUACAACAGUUUACAGUCGUAAGAAAUCGUUGGGACUUAUCAUUGCAUUAGAUGACAACGGUCAAGCAACUGGAGACUUAUUCUGGGAUGAUGGAGAAUCCAGAGGUACUGUGGAAAAUAACAAUUACAUUUCCUACCAGUUUUCAGUUUCAAAUAAUACUUUAACAAUGAAUGUUUUGCACAUGAACUACACUGAUCCAAACAAUUUAAUAUUUGAGGAAAUCAAAAUUUUUGGAUUGGCUUUUAAACCAACUCUGCUUACUGUGUCUCAGAAUGGAGUGAUGCAGAAUUCUUCUCAUAGUGUCAUCUAUAAUCCUUCAAAUAAGGUCACCAACAUAACAGGGCUUAAGCUCGAACUAGGAAAAUCUUAUGUACUAUCAUGGGCUCAAGUGUUCAGUGACAAUGACAGAUUUGAUUGUCAUCCUGCUCCUGAUGCAACAGCAGAAAAAUGCCAAGCCCUUGGCUGCAUCUGGAAUAUCCAAACUGUUACACAGAACGUUCCCUACUGUUACUACCCUCCCAACAAUGGUUAUUAUGUUAAGCAAAUUCAAUAUUCUUCUUCAGGUUUAACAGCAAACCUGAGCACAAAUGCUAAUUAUGUUAAGAAUUCACAGUCUACACCGAUUGAUACACUUACCUUGGAAGUGAAAUAUCAUGAAAAUAAUUUCUUGCAAUUUAAGAUUUAUGAUUACAACAGUAGAAGGUACGAGGUUCCAGUACCACUAAAUAUCUCUAGCAGCCCUAGAAGUACAGCUGAGAAUAGACUCUAUGAAGUAUCAAUUCAGAACGAACCAUUUGGGAUCCAGGUUCGACGCAAAAGCACAGGAACAGUUAUUUGGGAUUCUCAGGUACCUGGCUUCACUUUUAGUGAUAUGUUUAUUCAGAUUUCAACCCGUGUCCCAUCACAGUAUGUAUAUGGAUUUGGUGAAAAUGAACAUAAUAUGUUUCGGCGUGAUAUGAACUGGCACACCUGGGGAAUGUUCACAAAAGACCAGCCUCCUGGGUACAAAUUGAAUUCUUAUGGUUUCCAUCCCUUUUACAUGGGCCUGGAAAAUGAUGGAAAUGCUCAUGGAGUUCUAUUGCUAAACAGUAAUGCAAUGGAUGUAAUAUUCCAGCCAACUCCUGCUCUGACGUACCGUACUAUUGGAGGAAUUCUGGACUUUUACCUGGUUUUGGGCCCCACUCCAGAGCUUGUUGUUCAGGAAUACACUUCACUGAUAGGGCGACCAGUAAUGCCAUCUUAUUGGGCUUUGGGAUUCCAGUUAUGCCGUUACGGAUACAAAAAUGAUACUGAAGUCUCUGACCUGUAUGAAGCAAUGAAGAAAGCUCAGAUACCCUAUGAUGUACAAUACACGGAUAUCGAUUAUAUGGAAAGGCAGUUAGACUUCACUCUUAGCCCACACUUCUCUGGAUUGCCAAAACUUGUUGACAAAAUGAAAGCAGAAGGAAUGAGAUUCAUCAUUAUUCUGGAUCCAGCAAUUUCUGGAAAUGAAACCAAUUAUCUAGCCUACACAAGGGGCUUACAGAAUGAUGUCUUUAUCAAGUGGCCUGAUAGUAAUGAUAUCGUAUGGGGAAAGGUCUGGCCAGAUUAUCCUAAUGUUAUUGUUAAUGAUUCCUUACCCUGGGAAACCCAAGUGGAACUGUACAGAGCUUACGCAGCUUUCCCAGACUUCUUCCGUAACACCACAGCUCAAUGGUGGGAAACGGAAAUAAGAGAAUAUCACACUAAUCCUAAUCAGCCUGAAAAAAGUGUAAAGUUUGAUGGCCUUUGGAUUGACAUGAAUGAACCGGCAAGUUUUGUUAAUGGUGCAGUUGGAGGCUGUAGAGAUGCAAUACUAAAUUAUCCUCCGUACAUGCCACAUUUGGAAUCACAGUCACUUGGAUUGAAUCACAAAACCUUGUGCAUGGAAAGUCAACAGUUCCUGCCAGAUGGAAGUCCAGUUAGACAUUAUGAUGUGCAUAAUCUCUAUGGAUGGUCACAUGCUAAACCUACCUACGAUGCUUUACAGAAGGUCACAAAGGAACGUGGAAUUGUCAUCACCCGUUCAACAUAUCCAUCCAGUGGAAGAUGGACUGGACACUGGCUUGGUGAUAAUACUGCAGCUUGGGAUCAACUUUAUAAAUCUGUUAUUGGUAUGUUGGAUUUUAGCCUCUUUGGAAUAUCCUAUACUGGAGCAGAUAUCUGUGGGUUCUUCCAGGAUACAGAGUAUCAAAUGUGUGCCCGCUGGAUGCAGCUGGGAGCCUUUUAUCCAUUUUCUAGAAAUCACAAUACUAAAGGAACAAUGAGGCAAGAUCCUGCUGCCUUUGAUGAAGCAUUUCAAAAUAUUUCCAGGAAUGUACUCAAUACAAGAUACACAUUGUUACCCUAUCUCUACACAUUAAUGUAUGGAGCCCAUGCCCAUGGUAGCACUGUAGUUCGUCCUAUUCUCCAUGAGUUUGUGGAAGACAAAACAACGUGGGAUGUGUACAAGCAGUUUCUCUGGGGACCUGCACUACUCAUUAGCCCUGUAUUGGAUCCAAAUGCUACGUCUGUAGAGGCUUAUAUACCCAAUGCACGCUGGUAUGAUUAUUAUACGGAAAAGUAUAUUGGCUUCAGGGGACAAUUCAGUAACUUUUCAGCUCCUCUUGAACAUAUCAACCUUCACAUCCGAGGUGGUUACAUCAUUCCCUGGCAAUACCCUGCUGCUAAUACUGCUUUAAGUCGAAGAAACUCAAUGGGACUUACUGUUGCUUUGGAUGAUGGUGGACUUGCUCAAGGUCAGCUGUAUUGGGAUGAUGGGAACAGCAUUGAUGCAUAUGAAAAUAAUGUUUUCCUGUUAGAAACAUUUAAUGCUAGCCAGGAUGUUCUAACAAUCACGGUUUCGCACAAUGGCUAUACUGACCCUAAUGCAUUAAAGUUUAGUGACAUUAAAAUCCUGGGAGUUUCCAAAAACCCUUUGAAUGUUAUAAUUAAACAAAAUGGAGUGAACCUUCCGUCUGCUCAUAAUAUCAGUUACAGUACCGAAAAACAGGUUCUUCAUAUAACUCAGCUUCAACUUGAACUAGGGCAAGACUACUCAGUUGAAUGGAAGGCUUCAAACAAUUAGGAAGAUUUUCGGCCAUAUAUUUUCUUUUCCUGCCUUUUUGACCUUGCUACAACGUUGUUUUUUUUUUAAAUCUCAGGUUUAAUCAUGCCACUCUGAUUUCUUAAAAUGUUGUUUACUGUAAUGGUGCAUUGCAAUCAGUUCAUAUUAAAGUAUCAUGUCUAUACGACAGUUGUGUUUUAAAUAUAUUUAUAUUUUAAAUUAAAGUUAUUGCCUAUACAGUGGUGUUUUAAAGAUCUACAGCACAUGAAUAUGACUUUAUCUUCUUGGCUAGAAUGAUUUAGACAAGGACAAUCCUGCUUUGAGCAGGGGAUUGGAUUAAAUGACUUCUUAGGGUGCUUUCCAGCCCUACUUUUCUAUGAUUCUAGUAUUCUAAUAAUUUGGAGAUAGGCUGCUAUAUGCAGUUACUUAAGAAUUCCACCCGACUUCAUGCAGUCUCUUAAAUUAAGGACAUGUAUAUUUGAUACCGGGUACAAUAUAACAGAGGCUACAACUGCAUUGGCAAUGCAUCGGGGCGGGGGGAACACAGGAGGGCACGUGCCCAGAGGGUUGGUGCCCAGAUUUGUGCACCAACAGUGGGGCUUGGGGCUGCAGCCCAGCUAGAACCAGGGCCUGGCAGCAGCAAGAGUGGUGACAGCGGUGUGAUUUCUGCACUGACCCUGGGACACAGGGUUACAGUCCUGUCAGAGCCAGUGCAUGGCAGCAGCAGGGGCAGGGGUGGUGGCACAGAGUUGUGCCCCACUACUGUUAUCACUUAAGCAUCACCUCUGCAUAAUUGUGACUACAUUUUACAUCCUGAUUUUUAAAGUUCCUAUACAUGUGUCACUAGCUACUGAAAUGGGUUGAAGAGAGUCAAGUGGAACUGUUUUUGGAUAAUUAAUUUAUCAGACAUGAUGUGUCCCCAGUUGUAACUGGCCUAUAAAAUUAUCAGAUGAGACAGUUAUUUCAAGUGGUUUGUAUGACCUUAACAGGGAUUCUGUUCUAAUAUUUUGUACAGGCAUUUUAAAAUGGACCUUAAAUUUUCAAGGUUACAAUCUCAGGGGUUUAUUUUGCUGAAGUAAAAUAGUUUUAUAUUCUUAUUUUAAUAACUUCAUGUUAAUGGUUCUUUUUAUCCGGAGAAUACAACAUAUGAUGGAAACAGAUCUCUAAAAUAGAUUUUCAAUUAAAGUUGUUGGAGAUAAACUAUUGAUGGUUAGUAGUAUUCCCUGGUGAUUAUGUCUGUAACUAUUUUAAAUGGCCUGUCUCCAGUUCAAGAUUUUGGAGGAAAGAAAAUAGAUAGCUGGAACAUAAGAGUAUAGGCUUGUGGAUUUUUUGAGGAAUAAAAUUGGAAAUUUGGAAUUUCAGAGCGCCCACAUCAUAAAAAAACCCUAACAAAUUGCCACUGAGGGCCUACAGCUUAAUUUAUAUGUUCUGACUUAGUUGAUUUGACUUUAUACUGAAGAAUAUUUAAUUAUUUAAACUCAAUGUAUCCUCUGAUGCUCUAAGGUGCAGGGGUUGACAAUCUAUGGCCCAUAAUUGUAUCUACCCCAUGGAGCCAUUGAUCUAGUCCACAGACAGGGAGCUUCUGCAGCAGGGUGACAGAGAAAAAUGGUAGUGGGGCAAAGGAGCAGCAGCAGUUGGGUCCUCGAGCUAGGUCACUUGAGCCUGCCAUGGGAAAAUGUUGCCAACCCUAAGAUAUAUCCUAAAUAAAGUAAAACAAAAGAUACAAGAUUUACUAAUUGUAAGCCAUCAUUCAGCAGAUCCAUGGGCAACCGAUGCCUCCUGAGUCAGGGGGCAGUUCCCCCCACCCCCUAUGGCCGAUCCCACAGACGGGGGAGGGGGGUGUCCCGCCUGUGGCCAAUUCCCCACCCCCCCGUCUUCUCUUUU